CGCAAGCUCAAGCUCUGGACUUCGAACGGUCGGAGUGGACGACAUGCGGGGUGCACUUGCAGGAUCCCGACCUGCGGCCAUGACGUCGAAUGAUUGGAAGUUGCCUUGCCCAGCGCGAUCAGGUCAGCAGACCGCCCGCUGCCUCUGAAUUACGGCUCGGCGACCAUCCACAUGCCCCGCCCCGCACGCAUCUGCCAAAUACGAGAAGUGCGCGAGGGGUGGGAAUCGGCGCGCGUCAGCGGCUGGCGGUGACUGAAGACGCUCGAUGUUGGUAUAAAAAGCGGACCUGCGCAACGUUCACCCCUCGUCCACCGACGACCCGGAGAAGAUGCGUUACACGACUGCUGCAGUGGUGCUGACCUCGGCUCUCCUUCAGGGAGCCCAUGCCUUGCCCCAGGCCGCUCCCAGCAGCGCAACGGCGCCGCCCACCGUGACCAUCUCGACUGCGGUGGCAAGUCCCUCAGCUCCGCUUUCGUCGACCAUCCCGUCCCAGGUCCCUGUGCCGCCCAUUCAGUCGUGGUGCCCAAGUAGCAUCUUCUGUGCGGGAGCGCUCAUUCAAACCGUGAACUUGGCACGCCUGUUCCCGGACUCCAAGACUUUCGUGGACAAGCCCACUUCGAAAUCUUCUCAACAAGUGCUCUCGGACUUCAACGCGCUCAAUAACAACAGCGUAACCGAAGGCGAUCUCCUGAAUUUCGUGGACAACGAUUUCAGUGGAGAAGGUCUCGAACUUGAGGCUGUGACGAUUGCGGACUUCAAGGACGAACCGUCUUUCCUAAACGGAGUUGCGGACCCCUUGAUCAAGGCGUUUUCUCAGACCGUCCAUGGUUUCUGGACGCAGCUCGUUAGGAACACAAACCAAACAGCCUUGUGCCCGGAGGGUACUACAAGUGGCAAGUGCGAAAGCUCACUUAUACCGCUCAACCAUACCUUCGUCGUUCCUGGCGGCCGUUUCCGCGAGCAAUACUACUGGGACUCUUACUGGAUCAUACAAGGUCUCAUCGAGUCGGAGCUGUUCUCCACUGUUAACGACACGCUCCAGAACUUUAUGGAUGAGAUCGAGAAUUUCGGAUUUAUUCCGAACGGAGGCCGGAUUUACUACUUGGAUCGCUCUCAGCCUCCGCUGUUCAUCCAUAUGCUCUCGGACUAUGUUGCGGCCAGCAAUGACACGUCCAUCCUGAAACGCGCAUUGCCACUGGCUGAGAAAGAGCUCAAGUGGUGGGCGGACAACCGUACGUUGAACGUCACCAGCCCGUUCACAAACCGGACGUACGCCAUGGCGCACUAUGCGGUGAACAACUCUGCCCCUCGUCCUGAAUCAUACUUGGAAGAUUACCUGACCGCGAAUGAUCCUACCUUGUCAACGCCCCUGACUGAGCAGGAGCGUGCUGACUUGUAUGCCGAGCUCGCGUCCGGUGCGGAGACUGGUUGGGACUACUCAAGUCGCUGGAUGGCGCAGCCUCUUGCUGGCGGCAGCAACAACACGAACCCGGCACUGCGUACUCUGAACAUCCGCAAGACUAUCCCCGUCUGCCUGAACAGUAUCCUUUACAAGGCACAUACUUUGCUUGCGGACCUGUACUCCACGCAGAAGCAGAAUUCUUCAGCGACGACCCAUCGCUCGACCGCUAGCACCUUCCGCGCUGGCGUGCUCGACCUGUUCUGGGACUCGUCCAAGCUCGCAUUCUACGACUUCAACCUCACUUCGAACGCUCGCAACAGUCUCUUCACGAGUGCAACGUUCUACCCCCUGUGGAACGGGAUCAUUCCCGACGAGGUGCUCUCUUCCAGCACGAACGCCUUCGGAGUGUUCGCUGCGCUUAACAUGGUGCUCAACCGCUACAACGGCACAUUCCCCGUCACUUUCCUCGAGAGCGGGCAGCAGUGGGACGCUCCGAACGCAUGGCCGCCGCACCAGCACAUCGCGCUCCAGGCUCUGCGUGCGCUCCCCGCCAACGUUACUUCCGGCGCGCUUCCCACGCCCGCAGCAGGGAAUUCGACGUUCGAUCUGCUCCCUUCCGGCCAGAUCGGUGUGGACGAGGCUGCGCUCCCCGGGCAACUCAUCAGCGGCACGGGCGCGAACGCCACGAAGACCGGGAAUGGGGCGGAUAUCAACACGCUUAACGGCACUGUCGUCAACGGCGGCAACGCCACCAGCGGAGAGGGGUGGGCUGCGGCGCUGCAGAGGCAGCUUGCGAACCGCUACGUCGCGAGCACACUGUGCAGCUGGCAUGCGACCGGUGGCCAGAUCCCCAACCUGCUUCCCAGGCUGUCUGACCAGGAGCUGAAUGUCACCCAGAGCGUUACCAAUACCGGCAAUAUGUUUGAGAAGUUCUCGACGUCGGACAUCGACUCCGCUGGUCGCGGCGGCGAGUACACGGUACAGGCCGGCUUCGGAUGGACUAACGGUGUCCUUCUCUGGGUUGCAAGCACGUACGGAGACGUUCUCGUCGCCCCGCAAUGCCCGGAUCUUCUAGCGCAAGUCCAAACGACGACUUCGCCGACGACGACUGCGUCAGGAGCCGGGUCGUCGUCGACAAGCGCGGGCAAUACGGUGAACAACGCGGCGCCGGCUUCCAGCGCUGUCUCGUUCUUCACGGUCCUCAUGGGCGUCGCCAUCGCCGCGCUGCUGAACCUGUGAUCGUGAAGGUGACGAUCCAAAAGCUGCAAGGCCUCGCUGCCUUGCAUAUUGCCAUGAACGAGUUUGGAACGGACUGACGACGAGAUGAUGUACCAUAUUGUGACGCGACUUACGGAAUUUACGCAUUUCU